AUGACUGUGGAGGUAUCAUGUGAUUUCUCUGUGGAUCUCAGCAAGAAAAUAAUUAGAAGAUUAGAGUUGUUAACAUUACUCUGUUUUUCUUUUCUUUUCUUGCCAGACUUCACUCCUGUGCUGUUGCUCCUGGCACUCAGCUGUCCUGCAUGGGUGGUCAGUCGGUCACUGCCACCGAUGCCCAACGGACAGAUGACCGACUCCUGUGUCUUUUAUGCACGGACGCUUCUGGAAAACAUCACAAAUCUUCUAGCGCCAGACGAUCCAACAAGGAUGUUCAGUGGAAUGAACUGCACCAGGCACAACAUGGAGCUGAACUUGAAGACCAGGACGCCGACUGUGUGCUCGCCACAGGGUUCAGUAUGCUCUGGGGAAACUACUUCAGCAUUUGAUCGGGAGUCAUGUAUGAGUGACAUCGGAAAGGACCUGAGCCACUACUACAAGGUUCUCUCAGCUCUGCCGGAUUCUGACGGUACUCUUGGUUCUUCUGUUCUCCUCCCCCUCAAAGAUCUCAUGGAGAAUUGCUUUAGGUCAUCUAACCCAACAGCCUGGAACUCAGCGGAGGCUCCUGUGGGCCAUUCGAGCACCAACGGCUUCAAUCAACGGCAGCGUCUCUGCAAGAUCAUGAAAGGCUUCCACGUCCGCACCAUCACGAUCAACCGAGCCAUUGGCUACAUGAGCCUCGGUGAACACACUACCUAAAUCCUCACCGAUCUCCAGAGCAAGAAACAAGCAGCAAUGAUCCACUUCUCAAACAGUUAAACUGCAUGCUACUUUAAAAAAAAAAAAAUCCAGCUGUAAAAGAAACACUGAAGUCUAUGUUUUAUAAUAACAUUAUUUAUUAUAUUUUGUAAGUCUGUGAUGAUUCCAUUUAACAUCAAGAUGAUAUGUGACAGUGUACUUUUAUAAAGUAUAUUUUG